AUGGCGGAGAAUAUUCGAGAUUUGGGGCCUAGACUACAGAAGAAAUUAAAGCAGAGUUCUUUCUUAUCUUCAGGCUUCCCUCAAGAUGAUGCAGCUGAGAUCGCGGUGUCGACUGUGAAAGAAUGGCUCACUGAUAAACAAGCUUUGGUUGAUCGGAUUAUCUUCUGUGUUUUCUUGGAAAGUGACCAUAAGAUCUACAAGGAGAAGAUGCUUCACCAUUUUCCAAUAGAUGAAGAAGAUAUGCAUGAAAACUCCCCCUCGACAAUGAAGUAUAGAAGUAACGAAUUGUCGGAGAAGAGUGACGAUAAGAUUGAAGGUAUGAUGAUUUAUUUGUAA